AUGGUUCCAAACCUUCAAAUUAGAGUGCCAGUUGGCAGUCCAAAAAAGUUUCUCGAGUCUUCAUGCUCAAGCCCAACCACACCAGUUUCCUAUAAUUAUAACCACCUUCAAUUUGAACAAUACCAUUACCACUACCAGCAUCAGCAUCCUCAGCCUGUACCAAAGCAGCACCAGCAUUAUCAGCACCAGCAACAAGCUCCAACUCAUCAAGCCCCUACUUCUUCUCCUGUUAUGUCUACCUCGGAUAAGGUUGGCUAUAUUCUUAAUGACACUUAUUACCUAAUUAAAAUUUUGGGCUCAGGAGCUUGUGGAACAGUCUACUAUGCAAAGUGUCUGACAUCUGGGAAGGAGGUAGCCAUCAAGACAAUGCUUAAGCCAGCUCCUGGCUUUUACUCUUCUCCAACAACUGCGUUAAACCUGGAAAAGUGCCACUAUAAUAACAAAAACAACAAUAAUAAUAAUAAUAAUAAUAAUACUAGACAUAAUCGCAUUGUUGCGACUCCAAUUUCGCUGUUACCAGAAGAUCUUGUUGGUAAUAAUACAAACUCUGCUGAGUCACCUCGAUCGAGUCGAUCUGCUAACCCCAAUAAGGCGCUUUACAAUGAAGUUUAUUUACAUUCAUCAGUCCACAACCACCCCAAUGUCCUGCAAAUUCUUCAAGUACUGGACUCUGAGCACUAUCUUUUUGUUGUGCUUGAGUAUUGCCCUUUGGGUGAUUUGUUUACAGCCAUUACAGAGCGUAAUUGGUACGUGGGCGAUGACAAUUAUGUCAAAGCCAUGUUUACGCAAUUGCUGGAUGCAGUUGACCACUGCCACCGACGAGACGUUUACCACUGUGAUCUCAAGCCAGAGAACAUCAUGGUUGAUAAGCAAGGACGCCGACUUAAGAUUGCCGAUUUUGGAUUAGCGUCGAAGAGUCAAAUCUGCACCGUUUUUGGGCGCGGUUCUUCGUAUUACAUGGCUCCGGAGACCAUUCCAGAGAAUGUUAUUUAUAGACAUGUGCCAAAAUCUGCUUUGGCAGCACCACAACAGGGAGAUCAGGAUAAACCACGAGACGUGUUGGAGCACAAGCAUUUGGAAGCUCAACGCAAGGCAGACAUUGAGCAUCGCAAGCGUUAUCACAAUAAAAAGCAGUCGAAGCGGCCAUUGCAGAGUAAAGGUUAUCCACGAGCUUCGAGCGAUGUGUGGGCUCUUGGUGUGAUUUUACUAAAUCUCGUAUUUGGUCGAAAUCCAUGGAAAAAAGCAUCACUGACUGAGGACUCGGCCUACCGAGACUACUCGACCAAUCCAGAGACUUUGAAGGGAGUACUUCCAGUGUCUGAGGAGUUGAACCAGAUCAUGGCACAGGUGUUUCACCCAGACCCAUACAAGCGGAUCCAGAUUCCUGAGUUGCGCAAGCGUAUUUUGGCAUGCAAGAAGCUGACGAAUCCGUCACCUAACUUUACCUGGUUUCAACCAUUUGUCAAGAAGGCUGAGCAACAGCAGCAGGUUGUUCGUACAGAUGUCAGAGUUAAGAAGGAGGAACAACCACGCAAUGUUGACGAUAAUUAUCAGGUUAACGGUGCAGUAACCUCCGCCGCACGCAUUCCACAACAGCCCCAGCAGCAGCUGCAGCUGCCCAAACCAGCUCAGGCAGUGCCUCAGCCCCAGCAACCCCAACAGUCAGUUCAACAGCAACAAGCCGUUCAUUCCGAGCAUCAAGCUUUGGAAAAGGUGGAGAAGCAGCUCACGUCAACUACCACAGCUGGGCUCCAAGGAUCUUCGGGAUCUUCUACAGCUCCAUCGUCUGCUAAUUCGUCGACUGGACCCAGUUCUUCAAUUGUGGAAUCUGUUAUUGUAACUCCAGCAGUUGGCGACAAUACGGUACAUCCCAGCCAGGUCUACUAUUAUAAUAGUCCAGUUGAGUCUCCUGAAAAUUGUGAAAAGGAUCAGCAGAAACAACAACAACAAGAGCAGCAGAAGCAGCAAGAUAAGAAUGGCCAGGUUAUUACGGCAGUGCGGGAGACUACUAGCAAGAAGCCUCCUCAGCAAGUUACAGUCAACCAAAUUGAGGACUUUGACAUGGAUACUGUGAGCACCACAUUGAACGCUAGUGCUGGCACUAGCUUUAAUCGGUAUAGUACAAAGAAGCCUGGAUCUGUGGGCAGUAUUUUCAGCAAUACUACUAGAGUCGGGGUUCUUAGUAACAUUACGAAUAAUAACAAGAUUGGGAACACGAUUAACCUUUCUCCUCCUAAUAGCAUUGCGACGACCAAUUAUAGUAAUGCUGAUGACUAUUAUGGGAACAAUAGCAUGCACUCAUCUUCGCUAAUGUUUUCAUCAACUUCGGGCAACUCGAGCGGGUCUGGCACUGGGAGUCCACAGCAACGUAAGCGCAAGACUUAUGAAGAAGAGUUUACUGCAACGGGGAUUAUUGGAGGCAUGAUUGGGAGUCAGUAUCGGGGUGGUAAGAAUGCCAGCAUUAAUCAUAGCUUUGGAGUGUAUGUUCCUUGUGGCAAUACUACCAUUAGCAGCAACAAUAGCAUUUUAGGAUCUUCAUCUUACUUUCAUCAAGUGAAGGUUCAACAACAGAUUCAACAACAACAACAUCAGCAGCUAGAUGGAGAAAAAAAUAGCCAAGAUAAUACUCAGUACUUACUUGAAGAGCAGCAGGAUCUGUUUGAAUACGAUGCACUGAGCAGUUAUACUACGUCGAAUGUGUCUAGUAUUUCAGUGAAUAGCAACAAUACGACUACAACGACAGCAGCAACAAGUGCGACUAACAAUAGCAUUGACUUUAAUACAUACCGUCAAAAGUACAAUAAGAAGUUGAACCAAAAGCCAACGACGAUGAUUGCAGCGGCUGCGGCUGCAACUGCGGCUGCGGCGCACUCGUUCCAGCGCAAGAUGGAAUUUUUGUAUUAUCAAUCGCGCGGCGGAAGCGGUAACAAUAACAAUGAUGGGACCAAGAUGAACAUUGUGAAUAAUGUUAAUUACAAUUACGGGAGUUUCAAGAGAUUUAGAUCAAAGAGUUUCUCAUCUGCAUAA